CAUCCUCGAGCUCAAACGCCACGCAGCCGAGGUCCAGGCUGCGCUCCAGUCAUGCGACCAGUCCUGGCUCUCCUCCACGGUCCGCGCCCAGCGCCACGCCGAGAAGGAGCUCACCCGCCUCGCUUCGGACUAAACGUCCGCGCGGCCGCCAAGUUCCCCAAAGUGGUUGGCCCCGCGGCCAGCGCCAUGGAGGUCGAGGUGUCUGGUGUCCCAAAUCUUCAGAAGUGUGAAAAUGGCGAUGACACGCCCUACCCCAAGUGGAACAUCAAGAACAUAACCGGCGAUGCCGACAACGUCCGCCUCAUCGUCGUCCUCAUCCACGAGCUGCUGGUGGAGACAGUGGAAAGGGAGGCCAGCGCGGCACCGAGGAGGUUUCCCCGUGGGCGUCAUGGACAGCGGCACGACCUUCCCAAUGGUGUACUCUCUAGCCCAGUGCACGCCGGACCUGUCCGCCAGCGACUGCUUGGCGUGCCUCCAUCGUCAUCUCGGCAUGGUCAACUCCACCAUGUCCCUGCGGAUGGGAGCACAGAUCCAUGUCAUACGGUGUUAUUUCAGGUACGAGGCAUAUCUGUUCUACAACGGCCAACCCACGCUACGUCUUGGGUUGCCAUCGGCACCGGUGGCAGCUCCAACUCCGACCACAGUGGCGAAACGCAAAAGGCGUAUGAGCAAGCUCUGGGUAAUUCCCAUGGUUGUAAUUCCUGUUGUGGCAGCAGCAUUUCUUUGCUUCAUCUUUUACAGAAAAGGUCGGAUGCUGAUCAGACCAACAUUAAAUACCGGUCGCUUCACUACAAGUGGAGGGCAGCUGGUGGGACCCCUUCUGACUGA